AUGCCGGAUUCUUGUCGCUCCUUGGGGGGACUGUGUAACGGUCGCCUCGAAAAUCCCCUGUCGUCAAGCAGACCUGUCUGGCCUGGUGCGAGACGGGAUGGCCCCGCGGCCUUGCCGGCUCCAAGGUCGGGGGGGAGGGAACCGGCCUCGGGGCGAGGGAAGCGGCCUCGGGGCGAGAGCGAGGACAGCCCGACCGCGCUGCCCUCGCCCGCCCGAGAGGAUCCCUCCCUCCCCUUCCUCAGUCUGCUGCCGGGUUGCCUCACGAUCGGUGCACAGGUCGUGGGGCAGCCCGUUUCAGCUGACUCUAGAUUAAGCGUCCGGUUUCAGCCUCUGUCCCCCCGAGAGAUGACGUCGACAUCAAGAGGACCGGCAAGAGGAGUCAUCCCAAGAGGACCACCUAUCUUCGCCGGACCUAUCUCCAAAAAAAAAAAGAGAGGACGUCGAGAUCAAGAGGACCUUCAGGAGCAGUCAUCCCAAGAGGACCCCCCCAUCUUCGCCGGACUGCUCCUGUCUCCAGCA